ACUUUCCAAUUACCGCUUCUCGUGGCAUGACCAACGGAUCAGACCCAGGCAAAGUGUUAUAGUUUUUUCGUUUUCAUUUUCGAAUAUAUAAAAAUAUAAAUAAUCCCCCGAAAAUAUCCUGUUUAAAAAAGAAUAAGGAUGUGGUCGCGGGAACCCAAUUCUCGGAUAAUUCUCUUUAGUGGAAUUCUUUGUUGUUUGAUUGCUGUAAAUGGAUUAAAUGCAGAAAAAUGUAAAACCGGAUGUCCAAAAUCUGAUUCUGGCCUACUGAAGUAUGUACCAGGUAACGUUUACGAAUACAGUAUUGAAAGUUUGAUGACUGUCGGUAUCGAUGCCAAUGAUGCCGAAGAAAUCGCUCUUAAAUUAUCCGGCCAUGCUAAGUUAUAUGCCGAAGGUAACUGCGGCUAUACUUUGCAAAUGGAAAGAAUGUCUGUGAGCGCUGUUAAGGAAUCCAUAGAGAAACAAAUAAUACAAAAUCUAAACAAGCCAAUUAAAUUCACCAUGGUCAGUGGAGAAUUGCAACCAGAAAUUUGUUCCGAAAGUAGCGAUAAUGCUGCUUCGUUGAAUAUUAAGCGUGGUAUAAUUUCUCUUUUGCAAGCAGCUGAUAAACCUCACGAAACCGACGUUUUCGGAGUUUGCCCAACUUUAACAUCGGUUUCUAAAGCUGGUUCAAGUGAAAUAAUAACGAAAGUUCGUAACUUGAAUGCCUGUAGCUAUCGGGAAAAAAUAUCUAAUGGUUUAAUCAAUGGUGUAGUUAACAGUAAAGCCGGAAUUAAAUCAACUGCUUUACUAAAAUCUGAUUAUUCUAAAGAAUUAAAACUUAACAACGGAAUUCCUGAAAACAUUCAAUUAGUUGAGGAGUACAAAUUAGCACCGAUGUCAAAUGGAGCUGGGGUUUCAAAAGCUAAAGUAAAGACAACACUUCGAUUGGGAAACGUGGGACGGGCCAAUGCCCCUCCUUGUAAUGGAGAGCCGGCUUCUAUCAUUUUUGAACCACCAACGGCUCCAGUGGCUAAGAAUAUUGGAACUUUGAAGAAAGUUUUUACCAAUACUGUUAAUUUAGUCAACGAGCAUGUCCAAGGUGAUGCUGCGAAACAUUUUACAGAGUUGAUUCGUUUGAUGCGUUCUUCGGAUGUUGAUACGCUUAUUGAACUCUCAGUGGUGCCACAUGUUAACAAAGUUCUGGCACGAAAGGUUUACCUAGAUGCACUUUUCCGUGUAGGAACAUCAAAUUCUGUUAAGGCAAUUGUUCGUCAGAUUUCGAAGUUUUCCGAAAACGAAAAGAAAUUGGCUUUCAUGUCAUUUAACUUGGUACAAUCAAUUGAAAAAGACGCUCUUAACCAAGCAGCUACUCUCUUGAAUCCAAACUCACCAAAAGAAGCCUUUUUAGCUAUUGGAAAUCUCGUCAAUAAGUACUGUAAAUUAGGAACCUGUGAUCAAAGUGAAGUUAAUGUGGUGUCAAAGAAAUUCACUGACAGUUUGAAACACUGCAAAGCUAAUACAAAGAAAGACGAAGACCGAUAUGUCAGUAUUUUAAAGGGCAUUCGUAAUACUCACAAGAUUGCCGACGCUUCAGCCCAAAUCUUGAUUGAAUGUGCUUCAGCUGAUCGAUCAGCACGACUUCGCGUAGCCGCUAUUCAAGCGUUCACUGCUUCUGCAUGUGAUGCUGGUUUGCAAUCAAUGGCUCUUAACAUCCUAAAGGAUCGCAAUGAAGAUUCGGAAAUUCGUAUUGAAGCUUACUUGGCAGCUAUUGCUUGCCCAAAUGCCCAACUAGCAAACGAAAUUGCUGAAAUUGUCAACAGUGAACCAGUUUAUCAAGUCGGUGGAUUUAUUACAUCAAGUUUGAAGGCUAUUCGCGAUUCAACUGAUCCAACUCGUGAAGCAAGUCGAAUUUAUCUUGGAAACAUCCGUCUAACAAAAAAAUUCCCAAUCGAUUCCAACCGUUACUCAUUCAACAGCGAAGUUUCUUAUGCUAUUGAUUCUUUGGGACUUGGUGCCAGUGCCGAUUAUAGCCUAAUUUACUCCCAAAAAGGCUUCUUGCCACGUUCAGCUCGUCUGAAUUUGACAUCACAAAUUUUUGGAACCAAUUUCAAUGUGCUCGAGGUUAAUACUCGUCAAGAGAAUCUCGAAGAUCUAUGGGGACACUACUUCGGACCAAAGGGAGCUUUAAGAACUGACGGACGAAACAUUCUCAGUAACCUGGUAAACAAAUCGCGCCCAAAGCGUUCUAUAGUCGAUGAUGCAGAAAAACUAUCGCAGAAAUACAAUACCUAUGGAAGCAAAGUAAACAAAGACAUCAAUUUGGACAUGGCCGUACGUCUCUUUGGAUCUGAAAUGUUCUUCCUUAGUUUGGGUGAUGACAUCCCACAAACUGUUGAGGAAAUUAUGACCAAAUUCUCUCAGUCAUAUGACAAUGUAAAGAACGGCUUGAAAAAUUUCGAACACGAAUACGCUUGCCAUUCGCUUUUCCUUGAUACCGAAUUCGUCUAUCCCACAGGUAUGGGUAUUCCAUUGGAACUCGCUGCCCAAGGAACCUCAGCCUCAAAACUAAGUAUUGCCACCGAAGUUGACAUUGACGCAAUUCUUGCAAAACCACAAGAGGCCAAAUAUCGCAUCAAAUUUGUACCAAGCGUGGAUGUUAGCGUCAAUGCGCAAUUCCGAUUCAAUGCUCUGGUUUUGGCAGCAGGUCUGCAAACAGCAAGCAGCCUUCAUUCCUCUGUAGGUGAAGAAGAAACAUUCGAAUUUACAAACGGUGGUCAUGGUUUUAAUCUUGACGUUGUUUUCCCACGUGAAAGCCUUGAAUUGAUUGAUCUUAAACACAAUGUUGAUUUUGUUGUCGCUGAACAAGAUAAGGAAACUAAAGUUGUGCCAUUGAAACCAAAGAAGAGGAGAAACGCUCCAAAAGAGAUAUGUUUCGAUCAAUUGAAUUAUAUUGGUAUGACUAUUUGCUUCACAUCGGUAGAUUCUAGCGAUGCAGCUGAACUUUCUUUUACCCAACCGAAGCACAUAGCUCUGAGGCUGCAAACUGAAAAAAAGAUCAAUAUUGUAGGUUCAUAUGAUAAGAAACCUAACGCGUUCCUGUGGAAAUUGAAGUAUUCUACUCCUGGGUCUCAAAUUCCUCAUAAUACUGAAUUAAAUGUUGAAGCGAUGGGCUCUUCGCCAAAGUCCUUCAUCCGUGCCUCACUUGAACACCCUGAAAUACGUUUAAGUGCUGAAGCUGGACUUCUUAACAACGAACAGGAAAUUUUGCUCUAUGGUCAAUAUGAUGUGAAUGGCGAUAAGAACGAACAAAAAAUUGGUCUCACUAAAAACGGCAACGAAUACCGUCCUUUGAUUGAAGUAACGACAAGCAAAGGUGUAAGCAAUGAAAUUAAUGGAAUCCACGCCGAAGGUCGUAUUAUCCGACAGGAAAAUGGAAAUAAUGUCCGUUUCACUUUUGAUAAUUUCCAAAUUAUUACCAAAGACAACGCUCGUACAAUAAUCAAUGGCUGGGCUGAUAUGAAGCCAUUUAAAAGCGAGCUUAAGAUCCGGUUGGGAAAAGAAGAGUAUGUCAUUAAAUCUCAUUUCUCACUGGAAAACGGAUAUUCUGCUGGAAUGUUUGUUCAAGAAAAGAACUCUCCCCACAGCAACGGUGCAAGCAUUGACUUGCAACUUGUACCAAACUCAUUGAGUGAUAAUAUUGUAGUAGCCAUUGCUGAUUAUAAAUUUGAAAUGCAAAACCAGUUCGAUUACUCUCGCAAGGAAAAUAAAGAUCUCGAAGAAAUGAAAUUCAAGAACCAACUCAAACUUAACCAAGGUAGUGCCCUUAUUCUUCAGGGAACACUAAACGGCGAAGUUCGACCAAAGCUCGUACAGUUUGCAAUUGAGGCAGCCAGAGGACAGAGUAAAGCUUCACUUGACUACCAUUUUGCUGCAGACAAACGUGCUUCUGGUGACUACAGUCUCGACGUUAAUGCCAAACUAAACCAACAUUACAUCGAUCUAAAGUCACGAUCCGAUAUUAAGGGAGUACACUAUGUGAUCGAAAACAGCCUAACCACGAGCUGGGGAACUAAGUUGACAGCGAAAGGUGAAGUUGGACAAAGGAUGUCAUCUCAAGACGCAUACAUUGAUCUACAAGGAACUUUUAUUUUCACUCCAAAGGAUAAACAAGGCAAUUGGUUGCUAAAGGUUCUUGGUACAGCCGAUAAAACAAGCUGUGACUUUAAACUUGUCCGUGACAGCGGUGAAAUCACUUUCAAUGGUGAAUCAAAUCAUCCCCAAGAUAAAAUCACAAAUGGAAAACUCAAUUUGCAAGUGAAAGACCAACUUGUUGCUAAAGCUGAUUUUAAAAUCAACAAAGGUGGUAAAGGAGAAUUGACUGCUAUUGUGAAUCUGAAAAAGGCCCAGAGAAAAAUUAAUAUUGACUCAAAAUUCAACAUUGCCACACCUAAAUACGAUAUUGAAACAACUAUUGGCUAUGACAACGAUAAAAAAAUCUAUGUCAAAACCGAAAAUGUUAUGGACAAGACGAAGACCUCAACUAAAACUUUGGUAGACAUCAACGGUGAUAAAUAUUUGCUUGAAGGAAAUGCUGCCACGAAAGGUGAAAAGGCUAUGAAUGGAGAAGUAGAAGGAAUGUUAAGUCUCACCAUGCCAAAUGGUCGUCAAUUUGAUGGUCAAAUAUCUCGAAAAAUCACAACAGCCAAAACUGGUAUUGCUCAUGGAUCAAUGACUGCUUCGAUUGGUGAUAAAUUGCCAAACAAUGAACGUCGUUCCAUUGAAGUGAGUUCGAAUCUCGAAAAGUAUAAUAAAAAAACAAACGAAUAUGUUGCAAGCCAUAAUAUCGUGUACACCAAUUUUGCUGGAAAGAAACUCGAUGCGGUUCAAAAAAUCAAACAUUUACUCCAAGGUAACUUUAAGUCCCUUGAUUGUAGUUUAAAACUCGGAGGGGAGUUGCUUACAGCUCCAAUUGAUGUAUCAUUAAUUAUUGACGAGUACUGCCCUAAACACGCUAUUUUCCGUGUUUCGGGAAAAUAUGGCGACCAGAUCAAUGCAAAUGUGAAUGGAAAUUAUGAUCUAGGUGCACGUGAUAAGCCAGCAUCUUAUGAAUUGCAAAUAAAUGUUGCAGCACCACAAACCAAUUUAAAGGCAUACAGCUUAGCCACCAGUGGCAAAUACCUUCGCCCCGAAACAGAAAACGGUGUUCGUUCUAUUGAACUUCAUUUUGAUCAGCGUGCUGGCGAUAAGUCAAUGAAAAUCAAUACCUUUGCAAGGGGAAACAGUAACCACGGCACUUACAGUCUUGAUCUUGCAAGCAGCAAUUUGCAAGCCCCACUUAAACUCGACGGCAGUUUCAGCACUGAAUCUCAAGGUAAGGGAACUGGUAAAUCAAAAUACAACUUGAAUUUUUCACAUGGUGAAAAUGCUAUUAAGUCUGGCUUAGAUGUAAACUAUGUUGAAUCCAACUCAGCCAUUAUUCAUUUGAUUCACGAUUCCACAUGGUCUGGAUCUCAAAAUAAAGUCGAUCUAGUGGUUCGCUUAUCAAAAGUUGACGAUACUGCCGAAGUGAAGAGUGAUUUACAAUUUAAUGGUCAGAAGUACAGUUUGGAAAGCCAGAUUUUCACCAACGAACAUAAAAAGGGAGCUACCAUCAAGGUUAUUUUACCCCAAAAGACUACAACUGUUAGUGCAAUUAUAGAAAAACUUGGUGAACUUAAGGGAAAAGUUGUCAUUAAGAUCGAUAACCUUGCUGAUUUAGACUACGAACAAACCUUGGAAGCUAACCUAAAUGCAGUUGAUGAUUUCUAUAUUACCUCUAACACCAAUUCCAAAAAAUUGAAAAUCGAUGAUUAUAGCGUAGAUAUCCGAGCUCAAGCAAACUCAGGAGGCAAAGGUGUGGAAAUCAAUGUCAAGAAUGCAAAGAGUGUUAUCAUAUCUGGAUCUGCAACAUAUAUAGUAAAGCAUGAAAAGACCAAGACCAUAAUCGAGGGUCAAGGACAAAUCCAGUAUUACCAAAAGACUAACAAUGCCAAUUUCAAGAUAAUCCAUCAAUUAUAUGAUAUUGCAACAGACAAGGAAAUUGGCAGUUCAUUGACCUUCAAUGGAACCUUUGGUCCUAAGAAUGCAGUAUCAACCCUAAAGAUGACCAAUAAGAACUUCCAUGUAAAACUGUCAGUGUGCGAAGAAAAGAAGCAGUGCACCAAUGUUGAAGUAAGGUCGAUCAUUACAACCGAUUCAAAUGACAUUACUUCUGCCCAACACGAUCUAAUGGUAUUGAUUGACCUCCGCGAAUUGGGUUAUCCUCACGAAUUCGAAUUACAAUCGAAGAGCAGCCGAAAGGGUCUUAAGUUCAACCAUGAAAUAGAGAGUAACAUCAUCUCGAACAGCAAUAUUAAAUACCAAUUGGUGGCUAGUAUCACUCCUUCAUUAAGCAAAGUUCAAGUUAAACUACCAAGCCGAGAGAUCCUUAUUGAGACCGAACACAUUUUGCCAGAGAACAUUUUAGGACACUAUCAGAGCUCAGCUACUUUCUAUUCCGAUCGUUUGAAUAAACCCAACGAUAUAACUAAGCUUGUUGCCAUUGCUACCUUAAGUGGUGUUGAAAAGGUUGCCAUUAACGCAAAGGCAGCAAUCCGCUUUGAAAAUCCAAAUAUUAGAACUUUAUCGGUGUCGGGCCAGGCCGAUGCUAACUAUGAACAGCGAACACUAAGUUGUGAAGCUGUUUUCGAUAUUUUCAAGACACCCGAGCAAAAGAUUAUAGCCAGCAGCAAUAUUAAAGACACAAAUCCCGACAAAGGACAUGGAUAUAAUAUUACAACUGAAAAUGUCUUCAAGAGUUCAGGUCUUGGCUUCCAAUAUGAGGCAAGUGCGCAUUCAGCCUUAUCCACGGACCGAAUGGAAUUCAGCUCAGGAUACAAUGUACAAAGUGGCAUUGCAGAUAUUAAGUCUAGUGGUUUAAUUUCCGGUAGCAAGGAUCGACUUGAAGUUAUUCUAACUGCCAUGAAUGAACAAUUAGUGAACUUAGUAGCAGAGUACAAUAGUAAUAAGCAUCUUACAAAAGUAAACGGUAACUUCCAACUUCUAUCAUUGAAACCUUUGACAUUGGCUGCUGAAAUAGAUCAAGACACUGCCAAGGUAUCACUUAAUAGAGCUGGAUUGAUUGACGCCACGGCUGACAUCAAAUUAGGAAAGGAGGCUAAGAUCACCGUUAACAGUGCAAACAAGAAACUUAUUAGUGGACGUAUUGGUCUAGACUCGUCACACUUUUUGGUUUCAACAUUUGAGAGCAACCGAGAUGACAUCAAGGUAUUCUUGAAAUCCGUAGAAGAAACAAUUGCUGAGGACACGAAAUCCGCCACUGAACAUUUAAAGAAACGAUUCCAAAAGAUUCGGGAAACACUCGAUCAUCAAACAGAACUGCUAAAGAAUAGUGCUCCCGAUUUUAGUGCGCUUCAAGCAAGCUUAGAAGAAAAUGUUAAUGCCAUCCUUAAAGAUCUCGAAAAUGAUCCUGCUAUUCAACAAAUAAUUCAAAACUAUCACCAAUAUUACGAGACAGCAAAGAAAUUGUACCAUGAUAUGUCAAAGACUGUUAUCGAAGCUUACAAACAAACCUAUAAUUCUGUUAAGGAAUUACUGACAAAGAUCCAAGCAUUAGUAAAAGAUACUAUUUUACCGAUUUGGGAAGAAUUCGCAAAGAAAUUAACUGCUUUGCUGGGUGACUUGCAAGUGGAAGUUGUUAAAUUUAUCACAACACAACUUGAACAGGCACUCAAGAGCUUAAGCUCGGUUGAGGCUGAUUUGAAGGCCCUAACCAAGCCGAUAUAUGAAGCUCUUAAGCCAAUCGCUGAUAGUUUACAAGAACUCGUUAAAACUAUGUCUAAAGAUUUCGAAGAUCUUCUAAAGGAUCUUAAGGAAUACUUGGCAAAAUUGCCAACUUUUGAUGCUCUUCGCAACGAGAUCAAGAAGAAAUUAGCCGAAUUAAAGACCGUAGAUGAAAUUCUUAGCUUCUUGCGUAAUAUUAUCGAUCAAUUGAGCAGUUUCUCGGCUAGCAAUGAAUCCACUGAAUUGGCAAAGAAAAUUUACGAUUAUAUUGAAGCCAAAUUGCGUGGUACCCAAGUGAAUGACAUUAAAUCUCUCGAAGGAAUCCUCAAUGCUAUUCUCAACGUUUUGAGUUCGGUUUGGAAACGCUGGACAGACAUUAAAGCCCCAACAGUUAACUUGUUAGCCCCCCUUCCAAUUUCAUUAGAGUUUCUUAAAAAUCUGCCCACAUGGAUCUCAUUCCGAUUUAGUUUAAUCAACUACUUAAUUAACGAAAAUGUCGAUUUGCUUGGAGAUUGGGCUGAUUUCUUCAAGGAACCAUUUAACAUGUGGUCUCCAUUUGAUUUGCACGGUCAUAUUGCCGAUGGCAAGAAUGUAUUUACUUUCGAUGGACGGCAAUUUGCAUUCCAAGGUUCCUGUAAAUAUGUGAUUGCCCAAGAUGCUGAUUCAAAUGACUUCAGCGUUAUUGGACAAUUUAAGGACGGAAAACUCAAAUCAAUGACAUUGAUCGAUUCGAAGAAUUUCGUUGAAAUCUCUGACAAUGGAGCACUCAAACAUAACGGCAAGCCAGCUGAAUAUCCUGUACAUGCAUCAAAUGUCCAUGCUUGGAGACGAUACUACACAAUCCGAAUGAGGAACGAAAAUGGAGUCGAAGUAACUUGUACCGCUGACUUAAAGGUUUGUCAUGUGACAGUCGACGCCUUCUACACUAGCAAGAUGCGUGGAUUAUUAGGAAAUGGAAACGCUGAACCCUACGACGAUUUCAUCAAUGUUGAAGGAAAAAUCGCAGAAAAUCGUGCAGAAUUUGUCAACGCUUACGGAGUUGGAAAUUGCCCAGCAAUAUCGGCUCCAGAAGUGGCUAACUUGGAACGCGACCCGAUUUGCUCAGAAAUUUUCUCCUACGAUUCUUAUAUGUUUUUGGCCUUCCUGUUGAAGGAUCCAACACCGUUCCGUAAAGCCUGUGAUGAAGCUGUUGUAGCUAGUCCGGAUAACAAAGAAGAGAUAGCUUGCAACAUUGCUUUGACUUAUGCCUCGGCUGCUUUGCUAGAUGAUAUUGCUGUUGCGUUACCAGAACGAUGCUUAAAAUGCAGCGGUGCAGCUGGCCAACGUGAAAUCAAUGAAGAAUUCACCACCAAAAUCCCAACAACCAAAGCCGAUAUUGUAUUUGUCGUAGAUUUGGGCUCUAGCAAAAAUGUCAUCGACAAUUUAGUCACCCCUGCCAUAUCAGAAAUACGUUCCCAAUUGAAAACUCGCGGCAUGACUGACGUCCAAAUUGUCGUAGUUGCAUUCAGUGAUGAUCAAUUAUAUCCAGCUUUAUUGACCAGCAAUGGUGGUAAAAUCAAUUUCAGUGGCAAACUCAAUUCUGUCACCCUUAAUGGACCAAGCAGACCUGAACCUUUGGAUCUAGGAAUCGGAGUUGUAAAUGAUGUCCUGAAAUGGCUCGAUAAACUUGAAAAUGCAAUUAAAGAACAAUCCGAUGAAGCGGCCUUCAAUCUUGCAAUGGAAUACCCAUUCCGUGCUGGAGCAGCUCGUUCAAUUGUAGCUGUCCGAAGCGAUCAACUUGAUUACUCCAAUAUUUUCAAGAUCUUAAGAUCCCAUCUUAAAGCUACAUUAACAGGAUUUGAAGGAUCAUCUCUACAUUUAAUUGCACCAGUUAAGGACAUAAGUGUUGAAGGUGUUCCGCCAGAAAAAUUAGUUGGAUUCAAUUCACGCAUUGUUGCCACCACAGAAGCCAAAGACGCCAAAAAACGUCAAAAGCUGAAAUUCAAAAGCGAUAUGGGAGUCGAUUUCGUGCUCCAAAAUAACGGCUGGAUAUUUGCUGCUCAGAAUUUCGAAGCAAUCACUUCUGAUGACCAAAAGAAGGCCUAUGUAAACCAAGUUACUAGCUCCAUUGCAGAUACUCUUUUCAAAACUGAAAUUGUCAGUGAAUGCAAAUGCACGAGAAACCUUUUACGUGCUGAGCACAAAUGCAAGAUUGUAUCAUCCAACUUUGUGCCCAACAAACGACCAAAGGGAGCGUAAUCAUGUGUGAAAUAUUAAACCAAAGUUAAAAGUUAAAUAUAUAUUCUACACCUUCUUUCAGUUUAUUUUGUAUUAAGACAGUUAAACCUAUAGCUGAUUAAUUAACGAUAAAUUUAAUGUACAGAUAAACAACAAAUAUGUUCUUAACUGAUAUUUUAUACAUACAAAUAUAAUGAUUUACUAACGAAAA